CGCGGCCGGACUUAGGCGGCGGCGGCGGAGAAAAAGCGGGCGGCUCCCACCCUCCCUUCCUCGCGCCCGCCGGUUCCCAGGACAAUCCAGCGCCAGCGGGGAGCGAGCGACGGCUGCUGGCUGGUGCUCGGGUUGGAUUGGCUCUUCUCCACUUGACUGAGGCGGUGAAGCUCAUUAACCGGCCGAUUUGGGGGUUCCGGCUGGCUUUCGGCGCGCUUCCUCCCUCUUCGCUCCCAAUCUGGACGCGGCAGCAUGGGGCACCGCGCGGAGAAGACGCCUCUUCCCCUGCUCCUCUUACUGCUGGCGGUUUCCUGCCAUGGUCGUAUUGUGAAGGUGCCUGAAGGACCACUAAUACGAGUUGAGGGAACUGAAGUGGUGAUUCCAUGUAAUGUUAGUCAGUACGAUGGACCUAGUGAGCAGAACUUUGAUUGGGAGUUCUCUACAAAUCUUGGUCAGGACUCUAAGUUUGUACAUAUAUUGAGUACCUGGGACCCUUGGUUUAUGUCUCAGGAAUAUCAAGAUCGGGUUAGUAGAAAAGAAAUCACAUUAAGGCGAAAUAGCAACAGUGCUGUGGAAUUUGUGAUUGGAAAUAUUCGUCCUACUGAUCAAGGGAUGUAUCGAUGCACUACACCAAGCACAGACGCUGUCUUCCAGGGAAAUUACAAUGACGUAGUUGAAGUUAAAGUGAUUGCAGAUGGCUUAAGUGUUAGUGGAUCAAACCUCUACUCUUCAUCAACUUGGAACAUAUCAGAAGGAGAUGCAUUUCAGUUACGUUGCUCAGCUUCUACCAAUUCAACCGAACACACCCAUCUGCAAGUGUCUUGGGAAUUCAAGAGUGACCAUGCCUGGCAAGAAAUCCUUUCCCUGACACAUGAGGGCAAGUUCCGGACUGGCUUAGAGUACAAUGACCGCUAUAUCAAUGGGGACGUGCGCUUAGAUGCUAUGGCUAAUGACAUUUACAGCCUGUCUGUGUCCCAAGCUCUUCCAACAGAUGAAGGUGCCUAUAGGUGUCGAGUGAGUGAGUGGGUUAAAGGUGCAGAUGGUUCAUGGCAAAAGAUCCAAGAGAAGACUGCUGAUGUAGUAAAUUUGGUAGUGAAACCAACAUCUUUAGAUGUGUUCAUUACCAAAAGCAAUAUAUCUGUGAUGGAACGAGAUUCCUUUGAACUUACCUGCAACUUUACAACAGAUAGAAGUGGUAUUUUCCAAACAGAAAUCACAUGGUACUUCAGUGAAUCUCCAGAUGACACCAUGGCAGAGGCUCAGGUUUUGCUGAGUGCAGACCGUGAUUUGGUAAUUAGUGAUUCUACCUUCAUCAGCCCCAGUCAUGUAGAUCGAAGCAAUUACCACCUAUUGGUGCAUGAUGUAGGCACUGAAAACUCUGGCUACUACUACUGUCAAGCAGCUCUUUGGGUGCCACAACACAAUGGCAGCUGGCACAAGGUAGUAGAGAAGACAUCAGUACCAGUCACUGUGGAAGUGGUGACAUUGGAGCCAAAUUACUAUGUGUUUUUGAACGCUUCUAAAACACCCCUGUUUUCAGAGGAUCCCACAGAGCUUGAAUGUAUGAUCAUGGAGGUACAAAACACCGAGACAAAUGUUCGUUUCACUGUGUCCUGGUACUAUAGGAUGCCCACACGCAGUGAUGAAGUGGUAGAAUAUGAACUUCUGGCCACUAUGGAUGCAGAUUGGACACUAGUACUUGGGGAGAGAAGCAAACAACGUGCUCAGAAUGGAGAAAUUAUUUUCUCUAAACCAAGGGUAGACACCUUCCGCUUACGAAUCCAGUGGACUUCUGAAACAGAUCGAGGAGAUUAUUAUUGUGUAAUUUCUUCAUGGAGCAGACAGCGCAACAACAGCUGGAUAAAGAUCAAGGAUGUGGCUUCCAUGCCUGUAAGCAUUUUAUGGUCUACACAAGAUUACACACUGACUGUAGAGGCUGUGAAGCUGAAACCAUUCUUCAUGGCAGGGCACACAUUUGAAAUGACAUGCAAGGUGUCAUCCCAGAAUAUCAAGACUCCUCGUUACUCAGUCCUCAUUACAGCAGUGAAGCCUCUGAGUGAUCAGACCAGACCGAAUGGGACUACUCGUAUCAUUUCUCUCAAUCAAGAUUCAGUGGUUAGACGGGAAGACUGGACAGAUCAGCACCGGGUGGAUGGUGUAGUCUUGGAAAAGGUCCAGGAAAAUGAGUUCCGCUACAGGAUGUACCAGACUCAGAUUUCCGAUGCCGGACUAUAUCGCUGUGAGGUGACUGCAUGGUCGCCGGGGGGUGGAGGCAGAUGGCAAAAGGCAGUUGAUGGUUUCUCCAAUCCUAUCCAGAUAGACUUCCAGACUUCAG